CGUUUCCUCCGCGGCGUCAAAACGAUCCCUGGAACUUCCGGUCCGGGCAAGAAGCUAUAUGUCUGUCACGUUACAGUUUGCCCUGUGUCCGUGCUUUAGCUUCUGCCCUGAAGAAAGAUGGCGGCCGCCCACUUCCUGUUCGGCGAUUCUUCCUACAGGGAACAUGGUAACCUUUGCCGUUCCGACCAGGGUUUUUUGACUUAUGAUUCCUGCGCUUAGAGUUAAUGGAUGCCAGAGAUAAGCAGGUCCUGCGCUCAUUGCGCUUGGAACUAUGUGCAGAACUGCUGGUGGAAGGCCUUGUCAUACAGUACCUUUACCAAGAAGGUAUCCUGACUGAAAGUGAUGUGCAAGAAAUAAGAGCCCAAGUCACCAACCAGAGGAAAACCAUGAUGCUUCUUGACAUCCUACCUGCCAGAGGCCCCAAGGCUUUUGAAACUUUUUUAGAAUCAUUACAAGAAUUCCCGUGGGUGAAAGACAAGCUUGAGGCAAAACGUAAUGAGGUGAUGCUGGUGGCACCCAUUGAUAAUGAAAUACCUGGGAUUUUGCAGCACACUUUGAAAAACCCACCAACAGACCAGCAGAUUAACAAACUUGCUAGAGGACUUGGAUCUGAAUGGGAGUUCAUUGUGUUGUCUCUGGGCUUGACACAAACUGACAUUUAUCGUUGCAAAGCCAAUCAUCCUUACAAUAUUCAGUCACAGAUUGUGAAUGCCUUCAUUUUAUGGAGGCAGCGUUUUGGGAAUAAAGCGACUUUGGAGACUCUAUGUGAUAGUUUGAAGCUGGGAGAAGUGGAUUCCUCUAUAAUCCAACAAUUGUUUCAGUGAGACUCUUAUCAUUCUUAAUGGAAGAACUUGAAAUUAAAGCUGGCUUUAUUCAACUAUCUCAACUUUUUUCCCCAAGAUGAAUUUUUAUUGCUUUUAAUGGAACUUGAGGGUGUCUUUUAAUGCUUUUAAUGUAGUGAUACUUUAAAUACCUUAUGAUCUGUGAUUUUGUUGAUACAAGCAAUUGUUUCAGAUUGCAUUUAUUCCAUGCAUAACUUUUGGAGGCCAUGAUUUGUUGGCUCUCCUUCUGGUGGUGAGCCACUUAAUGUAUUUAGCUGAGGUGGCCUUCCAAUGGCAGGAAUUCUCGGCACCUCCAAGGCCUUACUUGAAGCCUCAUUAGCCUUGUAAAAUCUGCCAAUAAUUAUGCUGUUGUGACUUCUUCGAGAAGCUAGGAUCACCUCCACGUCUUGAUGUUUCCAAGAUCAUGAGCUGAGCAUACAGACAAGGAUUUCUCCUUAGUGACCAAAUCAUACUCUCUUGACAACUCCAAAAUAUGUAUAGGAAAUAAUGAAUGAGAAAACAGUGCCAAAAUAAACAAGAUGUUGAUGUA